AUGCCCCUGAAUCGCAUACCACGAUCGGCUUUCUUUUCUCAGUCCUGCUACAAUGCCAGUUUAAGAAUACGUGUCUCUCGGCACGCUCAAUAUCGCCGUGGCUUCUUGACGUCUGCUACAGAAGCCCCCGAGAUCGCUUUCGCUUUCGAUAUUGACGGCGUUCUUCUUCGUUCCUCCAAACCCAUCCCUGGUGCUUCAGACGCUCUCCGUACCCUCCAAGAACGCGGCAUUCCCUUUAUCCUGUUAACAAAUGGCGGCGGAAAACACGAGACCGAGAGAGUCGCCGAGAUCAGCGAGAAACUGAAUAUAUCUCUGGACCCAAGCGUUAUAAUCCAGAGCCAUUCACCAUUCGCCGAACUAGUCAAUGGAGCUUUCGGACAGGAGGCAUUGGAGAAUAAGACUAUUUUGGUCGCAGGCGGUGAUGGUGAUAACUGCCGCCUAGUGGCAGAGAGGUAUGGAUUCAAGUCGGUUGUGACACCAGGAGAUAUUCUCAAUGCAUAUCCUGGUAUCUGGCCGUUCGCCAAAAAUUUCAAAGAUUAUUACAAGUCAUUUGCACGACCUCUACCCAGACCAAUCGACCCAGCCAAUCCUUUGGAAAGUCUGAAGAUUGACGCAAUGUUCGUAUUCAACGACCCACGAGAUUGGGGUCUCGAUGCGCAGAUUAUUAUAGAUGCUCUUUUAUCCAACCAGGGUAUCAUGGGAACCUUAUCUGAUAAGAACGGCAAACCAGAUUUGCCAAACCGUGGAUAUCAGCAAGAUGGUCAACCUCCAUUAUAUUUCUCGAACCCAGACUUAUGGUGGGCAGCAAGCUACCACCUCCCACGACUUGGCCAAGGUGGUUUCCGUGAAGCUUUGGAAGGUACUUGGGCGGCAGUAACUGGAGGACCAACUCAAGGAGUUGAACUAAUCAAGACUGUGGUUGGAAAGCCAUAUACUCUUACAUAUCAAUUCGCGGAGAACCAGUUAUUGCGAAAUCGGUCGAAAAUAUUCGACUCUGAAGGUCUACCUCCGUUAAGGAAUGUUUUCAUGAUCGGUGACAAUCCAGAAUCUGAUAUCCGUGGAGCCAACACUUAUAGAAGUGACCAUGGCAGCAAAUGGCAUUCUAUUCUCGUGCGGACCGGCGUGUAUAGUGGUGGUACUCCCGCAUACCAACCGACAACAAUUGUGGAUGAUGUGAAGCGUGCCGUAGACUGGGCUCUCAAGACUUCAGAAUAUUAG